GUUAAGAUAUAGCCAAUUCGGUUAUUUACCUGUAACGCAUGUCAUUCAGUUUAUAAAUGAAAACGAAAGUUGGAAAACCCACCUUGUACUUUUGAUAUUGAAAAUGGAAAUCAAAUACUACUCUCUGUGCAUUAUUCAUUCAUUUGCGAUAAUUCAAGUAUUAUGUGCUGAUACAAACAGAAAUGAAAGUUCCAUGCUACAUACCGGAACGGACGUAACGUCUUGUAAAUCUGGACAGGUUUUAAACGGGUCAGAUUGUAUAAAUAUUACUGAAUGUAGAUUACCGGUUCUGUCAAAUAGACGAUGUAUGCAGCGUUGUCCUGUUGGCUAUAUUUAUUUUACGAUGAAUGAUGAUGACUUUGAUGAUCAUGACUACCAAGGUUACCAUUAUACAUUAGCAGACAUUGAUGAAAAUCCGUGUUACAAUGAAAAUACGUUUUAUGUUCUCAUAGGUUUGAUUGCUAUCUUGAAUGGUGUUUACAUUGUGUUCGUAAAGAUGUUUCUAUCAACGAACAAGUAUUCUUUGGCAAAACUGAAAACCUUCGUCUGCUUUAAAACACAAACUGGAGAACGUGAAAGACUGCUUAAUAUCAAUACAUGUACAGAUGAUGAUACACCGAAUUAUAAUAGUUUACCGUAAAGGGUAUAAAGCUACAUUUUUUUUGUAUAAUUGACUGUCACUAAUUUGCAACAUAUUUUGUUUGUAUCUUGAUAAAAAGAUCCCAAAGUGUGUAAACUGAAAGACAUCCUACUUGUAAAUUUCUGAUAAACUAAAUGGGUUUUACAAAGUUCAUGUUUAAACCUAUUAAAAUCACAGCGGGGACUUUUUACUAUGUUCAUUCAUAUAAUUUAUGUGUUUAUAAUAGCGGAUGAAACACUUUUUUGUGUGAACUCAUUUCAGAUGUGAUUAAAAGAAUAUGAAAACCAUC